AUGCACUUUUUGGAUCGCAUACUGCAUCUUCCCGGCGCUGACCCAUUGAAUUGGGACUUCUCCAAGACGCCCGCCUGGACUUCUACUAAAAAGUUCCCCAUCAAGCCCCCGAUGAAUUUGGAGUUUAGCCCAUGUCGAGUGAAUCAGAUUAUGCGCCAGCAAGCGUUGGGCGCAUGUAACACAAAGUGCCUUCCGGAUCCGUGCAUGUACCUGCUGUUCCGGCUGCUGGUCCGGUGGCGGCAUGCCGGCCUUGGCCGAACAAGCCCGAAUCUGGCACCAUUGGCCGGAUACCGCAAGGAGUUCUACAUUCUAGAUCUCUCCCGCGUUGCAUUUGUCUACUCUGGGAGCCUUACCACGCUAGGCAGAUUUCCCCCACUCAGCCAUAAUGAAUUGCUAGGCCAGGCGAUCAAAAAGCUGACAAAAUUGAGCCAGGACACACUGAACCCAGGCCAGUCCGACUUCAUCUACCUCAAAGUUCGGGCUCACCAAGGCAUCCGCCCGACCCAAGGAGCCCCUUGGCUGCCAUGGACUGUUGCAUCGCCUUUGAGCAAACCUUCCGCGUCUUUGAGAUUGACCGCCAUUCAGUAGCUCCUGCGCUUCACCCGCAGUACAACGGAUCAUAUGACCAUCUGCGCCCCCC